AUGAUCACAUCAACAACCAAAAAAGGGCACAACAGAGAAGCUAACCACACACGCGCACAGAUCAAUGUCGCGCUAGAUCAAUCACGCGCACCGCAUACGCCCCACAGCGCACUCACAGCCGUUCAAUUCGAUACAGAUGAAGAGCUCAUCUGGACUGGUAAUGAACAAGGCAGGUUGUGCAGCUAUCAUGGACCGGGAUUACAGAAAUAUACAUGCUUUCGCGCACACCAGGAUGCCGUUCGCGAGAUUCAAGUGACGAAGAAGUUGAUCCUGUCAUUGAGUAGUACUUCAGUGAGUGCUCGAACGCGACGCGGACUUGUCAAAUGGACCAUCAGUGAUCCAGAACUGGCGAAUGCGACAAGUAUGGCGCCACAUCCCAGAAACCCCCAUGAUAUCGUCAUUGUUGGUAUCGCUCGCGGCAUGGCCAUCAUCAAUACGGAACGCGGUGCAAUCAGUGAAUUCGUGGCUAAUGGUUGCGAGGAUGUGAGUCUGAUUCAAAAGCUUGGCCGUCAUUUCAUUGCUGGUUCUGCUGCAGGCGAGCUGCGAUUGUAUGAUGCAAUGGACGCCGCUUGUCCCCUGAUUGCCAAGAUGCAGGCACAUACGGGUUCCUUUGUUGAUAUUGUCGUGUGUGGGCAUUCCAUCCUCACAUGUGGCUAUCAUCAACGGUACGGCCAGUACUCACUUGAAACACUCAUCAAGGUAUUUGAUAGUCGGACUCUUCGCCCAACACUACCCAUUCCCUUCUCCGCUGGACCUGCCUUCCUCAAGGCACACCCGAAAAUGUUCACCAAUAUCUUCAUCUUGUCGCAAGGUGGACAACUGCAAACCACAGACGUUGGUAAUACCAUGGACUUGAAACUCAUGCAACUCACGCAUGGCAUGCAGUAUAUCACCCAAUUCGAUCUCUCACCCUCAGGCGACGCCUUCAUCUACAUUGAUGCAGACAAUCAUCUUCAUUUAUGGUCACAGCGUGGUGAUGAGCCCAGAUUCACGGACUUUAGUAUUCCCACUGAGUUCCCAAGCUUUGCAGAACCCGUGCAGGAGAUGUCGAUUGAUACAGACUUACCCUUGCAUACAAUCGGUAUGCCGUAUUAUCGCGAUGAGCUGUUUUCAUCAUGGCCAGCAUCGAUGGUCUUUCGGGAGGGAAAACCACCUGCAAAAGUGGAUGCGGAUAUCUUGCAAAACCUGAAAAUAGUGGAUGGUAUCGGUUAUGCGCCCUUUCAUAAACGCAGACGGCGAAACAUUGCGGAAGAGGAUACCGCGAGUAAAGCACUCCUGGCUGCACCACGCUUCAGGAGUGACAAGGCUAAAGCACUGGCUUCCAAUGAGGCAAAAGAACUUCUCUUUGAGGAAAUGGGUAAGAUGGGUCUCGGCAGUACCAGUGUACCCAACUACUACCGUCGCAUGGAAAUUCAAUACUCCAAAUUCGGUAUUGAGGAUUUCGACUUUGAUUUCUUCAACAGCACACGCUUUGCUGGUCUUGAAACGAGUUUCGCCAAUACCUAUUGUAAUGCCGUCCUGCAGCUCUACAACUACUCGCCUGCAUUGAGUCAAACUGCCAUUAGCCACGCCUCCUCAGAUUGUCUGCGGGAAUCGUGUUUAUUGUGCGAGGUGGGUUACUUAUUCGGCAUGCUUGCGAAUGGUCAAAAUUGCCAAGCAACCAACUUCCUGCAAGUCUUCAGUGCCAAUACUGAAGCGCAAAAGCUAGGACUUGUCAUGGGAGAUAAUGCCGUGACGCCGGUGAUGCCAUGGGCCAAUAUGGGACAAUCCUUCAAUCGGUUCCUACUGGAAACCAUGUUGCGCGAGUCUGCACCUGCAGAAACUGCAGCACAGGUGGAUAUUGAGUCCCUCCACAAACAAGCCGAACUCGACGGUACCAUCAGCAUCUUUUCAAAAAUCAUCUCGAAAUGCGUGUGUGGCCUGGAAUCCGUCAAACCCAACGUCAGUGUCGUGACGGAUCUCAUUUAUGGCAAGCCUGUCUUGUCCAGAAAGGAUAAUCAGACUGCGCAGUUUGCUUCCAUGUUGAGAUUAUCCGUGCAUCACGAAGGUGGUCUUCGAAAUUGGUGUCCCGCUUGUCGAGCGAUUCAACCAUCUGGCAUCAGGCGACUCGUUCAAACCCUGCCGGCUGUACUCAACAUCAACGCCAUGUGUCAAACGCCCGAACAAUGGCGACACUGGCAAGGUAAAUCAUGGCCACCGACGCGCCUUGGAUUGUCCGUGAGUGGUGGCAAGUUACAAUGUCUUCAAGGUCGUGAUCUUGAUAAACGCUCAGUUGAUGGGAAAGUGCAAAUGUACGCGCUGACUGGCAUGGUAUGUGAGAUUCGAGUGGAUGGUGGACCUCAAGAAUCGCAUCUUGUGACAUUCGUUCGCGUGCCUGAAGAAGUGGCUGCUGCUGGGGGUGCUGCCCAAGCAACUGCGCCUGCUGGACUUGCUGGACAAUCUGGCAAGUGGUUGUUGUUGAAUGAUUUCUUGGUGAAGGAAGUAUCAGAGGAAGAAGCAUUGAGCUUUCCAGGACCUUGGAAAGUGCCUGCGAUGCUCACAUAUGAACGCAUGGAUAAAGUCACGCGAGAGAAACAACAUGGAGACACAGUCGACACAAGUAUCCUCUACAACGAUGCUUCACUAUCAAAGCUACCACCUAAACGACCAGAAGGGUUCAGACCUCUGUCAAAGGAGGAAGCUCUAGGUCCCGGCACGCUCGUUGCGAUUGAUGCGGAAUUCGUUGCACUCCAGCAAGAAGAACUCGAAGUCCGCAGUGAUGGUACGAAACACAUUAUUGCACCAAGUCGAUUAUCGCUGGCGCGUGUGUCGGUCUUGCGUGGUGAUGGAGAAUUUGCCGGUUCACCCUUCAUUGAUGACUACAUCGUCACGCAUCAACCGGUCGUUAAUUAUCUGACUGAAUUCUCGGGUAUUCGCGAUGGAGAUUUGGAUCCGGAACGGACGGAGCAUGCGCUUGUUCCGCUAAAACUGGCGUAUAAGAAGCUGCACGCUCUAGCGAGACUUGGGUGUAAGUUCAUCGGGCACGGGUUGAAGUCGGAUUUCCGCAUCAUCAACAUGAAUCUAGCAAAAGAUCAAGUCAUUGACACCGUGGAACUCUUCUUCAUUCCAGAGAGACAGCGAAAGUUGUCCCUGAAAUUCUUGUCUUGGUACUUCUUAAAUACCAAGAUUCAGCUCGAGGAGCAUGAUUCAGUUGAGGAUGCGCGGUAUGCGUACCUGCUCUACCAGAAAUACUUGGAAUUUGAGAGGAUGGGUAUGGUUGAAGCGAAACUCAAAGAGGUGUACGAAGAAGGACGACAGCUCAAUUACCGACCGCCAGGUGUGUAG